AUGGCACCCUCUGUGGUCAACGGCUCUAGAAAUGGCGAUGUCUACAAGGAAAACGGCGAAUCCAACAACGCCAAAAUAGAUACGCUUCAUCUUGAGAACCUUUUGUUAAGAGACGAAAACAUCUACGAGACGUCACUCAGCUCCGAUGACUACUUGGAGAGUUUGGCACCAAUCAUCCAGGACGCUAUUAAAGCCAAUGGCUUGUCUGAAUUGAUUCAGAAGUUGAGCGGAAUAGUCAAGGAAAAAGACGAAGAAUUGAAUGACUUGUCGUUGAACUCUACUGACGAGAUCAACUCAUGUAUCGACACUAUCGACGAAAUCCAUCAUGGCUCAACUGAAUUGAACAAGAGUUUGAUGCUGGUGAGUCAGCAACUCAACAAGUCGGCGUUUGAGUUGAUGUCACGGAAGAAGUCAUUGAUCAAGAACAAAGAGGUAUCCAUCCAGAUCAACGAAACCAUCGUAGUACUCAAUGAGUGUAUUCAAGUAUUAGAAAACACCAAUAGAAUUCACGAAUUGAUAAAACAGAAAAACUACUUUAGCGGCUUGAAGCUCAUCAACGAAUUGACUUCGGUACACUUGCAAAAAGUUGAAGACUUUAGUUUUGCCAAGAAGAUACACGAUUCCAUUCCUCAUCUUACGAAGAUGAUCAAGGACGAGGCGUUUGAAAACUUGUGCAAAUGGCUUUCGAUAAAUUCUGAACGUAAGCUCGAUGCUAUCAGUGAUGGAAUCCAGGAAAACAUCUACUACUUACAGGAUACCUGGACCGAAAAGAAAAAGGGCAAUGACUCCCUAACUCCAUACAAAUUAAAUUCACCAGUUGAACUCUCCUUGAGAGACCCCACGGCUUAUUACAAUAUCUUUGAGGACACUUCGUUGCAGAUCAACUUGGACACGAUAUUCGAUGCCAUAUUGGUGUACCAAACGUUACACGAAGGCGACAUACUAUCUACUUUGUACCAUAAAGAAUGGAUGAAGAAAUACAACAGAGUCAUUUACCCCAUUACCCUGGCUACAGCUGAAGGUGUAGCACGGUUUCAGAGCUUGAAGGUUUUGGACGACUAUUUGCGGAAAAUCGGCGCAUUCUUUGUAAUGGACAAACAGAUCAACUUAGUCACUAAGUUCGAAUUGCGUUCUAACACCACUUCAGAUGACUUAUGGGAGUCAUAUGUAACCAAAUUGAUCCCAGUGCUUUUGGAAUUUUUGAAAUCGCAUAAGUUUAAGAAAAUGGAUGACUUGCAUUCCUUCAAAGAAAUCACUGGUAAUUUCCUACAGAUAAUGGAAAACUACAACUACAGAAUCACUGAGCUCUACGAAGUCUUAAUGGUUCUCUUCAAGGACUACUUUGCUCCAAUGUUGAUCCAAGAGUUCCGUUCUGAUUUCAUCGAAUCCAUCCAGUCAGACCACUACAUGCCUCUCACAGUAGAUAGAAAGAGCGACUACGAAAACAUAAUGAGAAUCUGUUGGUACAGAGAAGAUGCACCUUUUGCACCUAAAAACGUCACGAAGAUGCCCAUAACCUUCCCAUUCAGUGAAGAUUAUGUUCACUACUGUCUUGGAGUGCGGUCUUUAUUAGAGGAUAUUAUAUCAUUCAUUGGCCAACACUACAGUUACGAGUUAAACGAAUUGAAUCACAUUAUAGUAAACGAUAUAUUUGAGAGGGUGUUGGGAGACGAAAAAGGCGUGGGUAUUUGCAGAGAUAUCCAGGACUUUAUUGCCAAAAAUGAGAACAAUAAGGAAGUUACUUCACAAAGUUAUACCAACUUGGAGUACUACUUGUUCAGUCUUUAUGAGAUCGGUAAGUUGAUUAAUCGUCGUCUCAGAAGCAACACUGGUAUCGGAAUUCAUAACAUCGAUGCCAAUGACACCUUCACAUUAAGAGCUGUAGACCAUUACAACAACUUGAAGAAAUAUGCUGAAAGCACCAUCUUCAAGAUGGUGGACGGAAAGAUCAGAGAAUUGUUGGAUAUGGUUGAAUACGACGACUGGUUACCAACGACAAGAAAUUCAGAAGCUAACUACUCUGUGAAGGAUUUUGCUCUCUUUUUGGAGAACUUGUUCACAUCUAUUUUCUCCAACUUGCCUCAAUCCAUUAGAACGUUGGGUUUGUUCAGAACAUAUGAUUUUGUUUCAGAACAUUUCUUAAGUGUUUUGAACAGUGCUACGGGCUACAAUAAAAUUGCUAUCGAGAACUUUGAUUUGGAUAUUCAAUACGUAGAAGAAUCCAUGAGGAAUCUAUACAAGAUGCAUCAAAGUGGAGAGAGUGAAAGCUCUCAAGGAAACGUUGCGCUUGAGACGACGUUUACCGAAUUGAGACAAUGCAUCGAUUUGUUGAAGUUGGACGACUAUGACGAGUUCAUCAAGAACUCUGCAUUCAGAAUGAGAAACUUUGACAGAAUCAAAUACGAAGACGGAGUGGCAUUGAUCGCUAAAGUACAAGGCUACCAGGAACCCGAUACCAGUCUAAAUGCCGACGAAGGAGACUUUGGUGACCAGCAGUCGAUCCUUUCCAACGCUGCCGCUUCCAAGUUUGCGCUGUUUGCAACGAAGUUCCGAAGGGAAUGA